AUGGCGCUAUUCACAGACGCCGAGCGAUCGACCGAGACGCUCGACAACUCACACGGCGUCAACGAGAAAGGUCUGGAGACCUCCAAUGAAGUUCCGAAACUCGGCGCGCCCACUCUGGCCGCAAGUCCAGCAGUCCCCGCUGACGCCGAGAAGCCGCCUCUCAACCCUAUGGACCCGGCUUCCUUCCCAGACGGCGGCACUCGAGCAUGGCUGACAGUAUGGGGAUCUCUGGCCAUCUUGAUCGCUUCCUUUGGGUGGAUCAAUGCUAUCGGACUAUUCGCCAUCCGACGUCGCUGGAUUCCCGCCCUCGAAUCCUCCUGCAUGUUCGCCGGCGGACUCUGGGUUGGACACGUCUACGACUCCUACGGUCCUCGAUACCUGCUCAUCGGCGGCACGUUCCUUCACGUCUUCGGCUUGAUGAUGGCGUCCAUCUCGACAAAGUACUACCAACUUCUGCUCUCACAGGGUCUGUGUUCUGCGAUUGGGGCGAGCAUGCUGUUCUACCCAGCGUUGACCUGCACCAUCACGUGGUUCUUCAAGAAACGGGCACUGGCGGUGGGGAUUGUGGCUGCCGGGUCUGGCCUGGGCGGGAUCAUCUUCCCUGUGAUGGUGGAGAAGCUGGUGCCGCAAGUCGGGUUCGGAUGGACGAUGCGCAUUUGUGCUUUCUUAAUUUUGGCGCUGGGUAUCUUUGGGAACCUGACUGUAACAAGCAGGAUCCCGCCGAUGCCGAAGAAGCUCACAGUGAAAGUCCUAGUGAAGCCAUUCACGGAAGUCGAGUUUGCGUUGCUGGGCGCUGGAGCAUUCUGCAUGUAUCUGGGCAUGUUCCAAGUCUUCACGUUUUUGGUCACAGCAGGGGUUGCGAGGGGUGUUGAUCGCGGUCUGGCGUUGUAUUUGGUGCCGAUCUUGAACGCUGGGAGCAUAGUGGGAAGAAUUCUGCCGCCAUUUGUAGCAGACAAAGUCGGGAAAGUCAACGUCUUUCUCGUCAGCUGUGCGGCCACGACAAUUUUGAUCCUGGCUUUCUGGGUACCGGUAUCUGGAACAGGGGGAAUAGUGGCAUUUUCGGUGCUGUUCGGCUUCACGUCGGGCGCAGUGGUGGCUAUCAAUCCUGCUGUGGUGGCGCAGAUCAGUGAUGUGAGAAUGAUUGGGGUGAGGACGGGAGUGAUGUUCGCAUGUGUUGCCGUUGCGGUGCUGAUUGGGAGCCCAAUUGGUGGGCAGAUCGUGACCGCUGGUGGAUACAGAGCAAUGCAAGGCUUCUCCGGGGGAAUGUGUACUCUCGGAGUCGCCUUCUUUGCUGCAUUGAGAUGGAAGUUGGGUGGUUUCGGGUUGAGGAGUAAGGUCUGA